AUGGAUGAACAAUUUGCCCCAAGUUUGGCUUACGAGGCGAUCAGCAUUCAAACCAGAGAAUCCUUCGAAGGAUGGCUCAGGUAUUAUUUCCCUAGUGUCAGUGCCUGCGUUGAUUCCCGGGUGCAGGUGACCUGGAUGGGGUUCUUCCGGAGCGGAUGGUCCACGUUUCCCCCGGCUCUAGUGUGGGCCGUUCGCGCUCUGACGGCUUUACUUAUGGGGGCCUCACAAGACAAUCGGCAAGCGAUCCUGUGCGCUCGUCAUAUGUACAGCCGGGGAGUCCGUCAUUUAGCUUCUCUCAUACAGACCGAGUCAGCACUCACAGACGAAACUCUGGCAGCGGCCAUCUUGCUGGGCGGGUAUGAGGUUCUAGAUGGUAGCAGUGACCGUUCCUGGAUCAUUCAUGCACGCGGCAUCUGCCAGCUGAUGCGCGCUCGUGGUCCUUCCGCACAUGAACGUGGCAUGGGUCGGACCCUUCUCAUGUGUUGGCGACCUUAUAUAGUUGCAGAUGCCUUUAUCCACGGGGUGCCAUGCUUCUUAGGCGAUUCGGAGUGGACUUGCAAAUCGAUGACCACAGAGAUUGCCAGAGCGGAAGAUGAGCAAGGACUGGGUAGCCUCAUAGGUCAGACAGCUGAUUAUGCAUUCAACGAAGUCGCCAAGUGCCCUGGUUAUCUUGCGACAACGAAACAAAUUCUCAUGGCAAACUCACCUGCUCUGGCACUUACGCGGAAAUCCCUCUUGGGCAAUCUUCUGAAAUCAAAACAAAAUCUUGUCGAGCUCGACCUCAUGUUGUCAGCUACGAAACCACCAGCUGGUUUUGUUGGAGUGAUUCCGUCGAGGCAUGCCACAACCUUAGUGCACGGAUCUCGUGGUUGUAUCGACUCUGCCAUCGCGUUGCUCGACCGUUUACUGGCCGCGCUACCGACAGACUCGAGGGAUUUUGCUAAUUCUCAGUCGCUCGGCUCGAUAAUUCAAAGUAUCACCAUGCAUAACGAUCAAGUAUGGCAAUUCCCUACAAAGAAAAGCCGUCUUGAAAUUCCACCGAGUCAACGAGCUGGCAGUUUCAGAUAUUCGCAAGAUGCGAACCCUCGUAAAUAUGCUAUCGGGGAUCGGCUGGAUCGAUUUUCGUUAACAAUGGGAAUGGGGAGCCUGUUACCAAAUUCCUGUGGCAUCCCGCAACUCUCUGCGGAUGAUGCCAUCUCAGGCCACUUUACCAAAUCUUCUUCAACGUAA